CGGGACUUUUUAUAAAAUUAACAGAGAUCACAAAACAACUGGACUCCAUGACUGUCAAUCACUUCAGUGCCUUCACCUGAUUGGACCAGACUGCUUCAAGGCGGAGCCAAAUCCUCGCUUCUGGUUGGACUACGUCUGUGACGUCACGCAUCAAGACUCGGAAGUAUCAAGCGCGGAAAUUUGAAGGGAAAAAAUGGCAGAAAUUUACUCAAAAUCCAAACUUAAACGUAAAAAAUCUUCUGCAGAAGAGUUUCGGUCCGAGGUUUUCUCCCGGGGAGCGAAGAGGAGCAGUUUAACGUCUUCACCCGGUGACGGAGGAGCAAACACGGCUGGCUCAGCCCCCCCUCCAGCAGCACGCUGGUGGAGGACCCUGCAGCCCCCCGCUGUGCAGAGCCUGUGGGCGUUCACGCUGCAGUCGGCUCUGCAGAACCUGGAGAUCCAGCUCUGGGACCCGGUUCCUGGUCUCCCGCUGCCCCCCGCUGCGAAACCAUCAGAACCAGAUCUAGAUGAAGAGCGGUGGGGUGACCUCAACAAAGUCGAUCCCUUCCCAGAAUGCUCUUUGCUCUGUCUGAAGACUCCACCGAGCCCAGACCCUCCGAGCCGAGCCCCCUCCCAGCAGGACCUCCCAGUUCAGCUCCAGCCUGGUCCGAACCCACCUGACAGGAGUCCGAACCCACCUGACAGGAGUCUGAACCCACCUGGAAAGGGUCUGAACCCACCUGGAAAGGGUCUGAACCCACCUGGAAAGAGUCUGAACCCACCUGGAAAGAGUCUGAACCCACCUGGAAAGAGUCUGAACCCACCUGGAAAGGGUCUGAACCCACCUGACAGGAGCCUGAACCCACCUGGAAAGGGUCUGAACCCACCUGACAGGAGUCUGAACCCACCUGGAAAGGGUCUGAACCCACCUGGAAAGGGUCUGAACCCACCUGGAAAGGGUCUGAACCCACCUGGAAAGGGUCUGACCCCCCUGACAGCCUCUCCUCAGCUCCAGCAGCAGAGAGAGGAGGCAGCAGCAUCCAGAUCGACGAGCCGAGAGCUGACGGUUUCUGCUCCGUCACUUCCUGCUGAUGAAGAUGACGAUGAGGAGCAGAGUGCAGGAAGAGAUGAAGAGCUUCAGAGCUGCCCCAUGUGUUUACAGCCGUUCCCUGCUGGGUCCACCCAGAUGGACCGGGACGGCCACCUGGCCCAGUGUCUCUCUGAGAUGAACGUGGACCUGACCUGGUGAGGGGGACGUGACGCCGGCUGACGUCCAGGAUGAUCCAGGUUCACCACAACGUCCCGAGGAUCGUUUCUGACGGAGAAACCAGACUGUUGAUUUAGAGGCGGGACUAAACGGGGUUAAAGUUUGAUUUCUUUUCUUCAGGUUUUAGGACUCUUUCAGGUCAAAAGAACGUUUGUUUGCAGUAAAAGUCCUUCGUUCAAAGAAACGGAGGCAGAAAGUUUUUCCAAAAUCUAUUCAGAAACUCAUGAAUAUGCUAAUCUGUGCAGCGGGACAAGAUUUAAUCAGAUCAUCUGUUAAAAACUACCUGUAGUGAAGGUGAGAAGCUCCGCUGUGUUCCCCGCUCAACUCGUUGAGUUAGCAGGAAGAAAAGAAACAAUUUACUCUUAAUCAAGUUAAUUGUCUGAGUAAUUAGCUGGGGGGGAUUCGCACCGACGUGUUCGCGGGCGUCACACUUCACCUCCGAGCUGCGGCCGCUGAGUGUCUUUUGGGUCGACGGAGCGUCGGAGGAGGUGGAGGAGCUUCAGACGUUAAUCAGAUCAUCGGCCUCGUACGGAGCCGGAGCGGUCAGGGGACGGAGCUGCUGCUGGGAAUCCUUCCUGCGGCGAAAAAUACGAGGAGAAAAACAAGACGAACUGCGAAGACGACGCCUCAGUCGAGCCGUAACGGACUGAGAUCUUACAGCGGUGAAGUUYUUACCUGCAGGCCCUGAAGAGGCGUUGGUUCGUCGUUUGAGCUUCUAAUCGUUAAUCGAAGAACUCGGAACAGGAAGGAGGUUUCACUGAGAAAAGACCCAAUAACCCAACUUCCUCUUCCUGUGCCUUAUUUGGUAUGUGGGCAGCUCCUCCAUUAGAGAUGGGAUAAUUGGCUCUUUGAAGGGAUCCGGAUCUUGGGGAGCCGUUUUUUUCAUAGAGCUGUUCAAAAGAGCUGUUCGAUUUUGAACAUAUUACGUCAUCAUGUAGGGAAAUACGUCACCACGUAGCCGUACGUAAUGACGUCAUCCCGUCACGUGGGUGGAACCAUGUGUUUGUCAAUC